GCGAUGGAGGAGGAGCAGGGGGGCGGAGGAGAUCUGGCGUUCAACAAGCGGAGGGCGGAGGGGAGGGAUCGGAACGAGAAGGGGAGGGCUCUCCAGCUCAAGACGCGCAAGCUCAAUCCCGUCAACACCAUCUGCUACGUUCAGAUACUGGGUACUGGAAUGGAUACACAGGAUACUUCGCCUUCAAUCUUGCUGUUCUUUGAUAAGCAGAGAAUUAUAUUCAAUGCUGGUGAGGGGUUGCAGCGUUUCUGCACUGAGCACAAGAUAAAAUUAUCAAAGGUCGAUCAUAUUUUCUUUACUCGCGUAUGCUCAGAGACUGCAGGUGGCCUUCCAGGUCUUGUGCUAACUUUGGCAGGAAUAGGAGAGGAGGGGAUGUCGAUCAACAUAUGGGGCCCGUCUGAUCUCGAUCUAUUAGUCAAGGCUAUGAACUCCUUUAUACCCAGAAAGGCCAUGCUUCAUACACACAGUUUUGGAGUUAGUCAAAAUGGCGAUGAUUCGUCGCCCUCCAAAUCUAGUGAAUCUUCUGACCCAAUUGUACUUAUUGAUGAUGAAGUGAUUCGGGUAUCGGCUAUUUUUGUAAGGCCGAGCUGCUCUAGAAGAUCCAUAGAUAGUUUGGAAGCUCCAAAAAUGGAUUCAUUGGAUAGAGUAAAUUAUACUGAUGGAAGCUCGCACAGUGAAACAGGACUAACCCUAAAGCCGGGUGAUACAGCAGUGGUCUAUGCCUGUGAAUUACCUGAAAUAAAGGGGAAGUUUGAUCCUGUUAAAGCUGCUGCUCUUGGGCUGAAGCCCGGGCCGAAAUACCGGGAAUUGCAACUUGGGAACUCAGUCAUGUCAGAUCGUCUCAAUAUAAUGGUUAAUCCAAGUGAUGUUCUUGGGCCCUCAAUCCCUGGCCCAAUUGUGCUCCUGGUGGACUGCCCUACACAUCUUCAUAUGGACGAACUGAUUUCUCUACAAUCCCUCAAUUGUUACUACCCCAAUUCUCCUGAUCAGUCAACUGAGAAUACUAAAAAUGUAACUUGUGUGAUCCAUUUGGGCCCUGCUUAUGUUACGAAAGCUGCUGAGUAUCAGAACUGGAUGAGGAGAUUUGGCCGUGCACAGCACAUAAUGGCAGGACAUGAAAUAAAGAAUAUGGAGAUUCCUAUCCUUAAAUCUAGUGCAAGAAUUUCAUCGCGGCUCAACUAUGUAUGCCCUCAACUCUUCCCAUCUUCCGGAUUUUGGUCUGGUGAGCAAAUUGAUAAUAUCCCUGUUGAGGAAAGUGAAUAUUCAGAGGGUACUUCUUUAACAUCUUGUGAAAACAUAUCAGCUGCAAAUCUUCUGAAGUUUCACCUGCGUCCAUACUCUCAACUUGGGUUAGAUAGAUCUUCUAUUCCAAGUGUGCUUAGCCACAAGGAGGUUGUCAAUGAGCUUCUUUCCGAGAUUCCAGAAAUAACAAAUGUUUCUAAAGAGAUCAAUCAGUUCUUUCAAACUUAUAUAGAAGGUAAACAUGUAAAACCUUCCGAGGGUGAGAAUAUAAUAAUGGUGGAAGAACCGUGGAUGAGUGAAAUUUCCUCCAAUCCUGUCGCUAACGGUGUGGAGGAAAGCAAUGUAUUGAGAAAGGACAAUCUUGAUAUUCCUUCUUGCUUGGAGAACAUAACAAGAGAAGAUAUGGAAAUCACUCUCUUGGGCACAGGUUCUUCUCAGCCAUCAAAAUACCGGAAUGUCAGUUCAGUUUUUAUUAAUCUAUUUGCGCGAGGAUGUAUGCUUCUUGAUUGUGGUGAAGGAACUCUAGCACAACUGAAAAGAAGAUUUGGUGUAAAAGGUGCUGAUGAGGUGGUGAAGAAUUUAAAGUGCAUUUGGGUUUCCCAUAUCCAUGCUGAUCAUCACACAGGUCUAGUUAGAAUACUUGCUCUACGCAAUCGGUUGUCAAAGAAUGUACCUCACGAGCCCCUAAUUGUAAUAGGGCCUAAACCAUUAGAGAGAUUUCUCGAAGCAUAUAUGAAGCUGGAAGAUCUCAACAUGCAGUUUUUGGAUUGCAGAUACACUAUGAAGGCUACAAUUGAAUCUUUUCUCUCCCCUGGAAACUUAGAAAGCGAUGAUUCCAUAAGGAUGGAAUUCGAGAAUGUGAAAUCUCAGCGUCUGGAAAAUACAUUAUUUGCUCCUUGUAGUAGAAUGGAAAGCUAUAAGAGGAGACCGGCAAGUCCAAUCGAAGCUUCAAAGUCUUUAACUAAAUUAAAGGAGGUUCUUUCUGAAGCAGGUUUGGAGAUUCUGUAUAGUGUUCCUGUUCGGCAUUGCCCAGAGGCAUUUGGUGUUGUUUUGAAGUGUAAAGAGAGAGCAAAUAGUGUAGGGAAAGUUAUUCCCGGCUGGAAGCUUGUUUAUUCUGGUGACACGAGGCCCUGCUCAACUCUAAUAGAAGCAUCCAAUGAUGCGACAAUUCUUAUACAUGAGGCAACAUUUGAGGACAGCAUGAAGGAUGAAGCAAUUGCUAGAAACCAUAGUACCACAAAGGAAGCCAUCGGGGUCGGCACAUCGGCGGGUGUGUACCGCAUUAUCCUCACCCACUUCAGCCAGAGGUACCCGAAAAUCCCAGUCCUCGAUGAGACCCACAUGGACAAAACUUGUGUUGCGUUCGAUUUGAUGACCGUCAACCUCGCGGACCUUCCCGUGCUUCCUAAGGUUUUUCCUUACCUCAAAGUCCUCUUCAGAAACGAGAUGGCAGUCGAAGAAGAAGAAUCUGACGGUGCAUUGCGGCUAAUAAAGUACGCAGUUGGAAAAUCCGGCCCUGAAUUCAGGAGAGAAAUGCAACGCCACUCAGUAGCUAUUAAGCAGCUGGUUCAUUACAAGGGGCAGCUGGAUCCCCUAAAAGGAGAUGCCCUCAAUAAGGCUGUUCGUGAAAGUGCCCAGGAGGCGGUCUCUGCUAUCUUCUCCACUGAUGAACCUAAAUCAACUUCCACAACAGAAAGUCUUGGCAAGCGCAUUCAAGGUUUCGGUAAUACUAAUUUUGAGAUGCCAACCGAAGACAAGAAGUCUUUUCUUAGUGAAGUGGUGGGUCUUGGUAGUGCUACGAUUAAGCAGGGACUGAACACCUUUGCUGCAGCACAUUCAAUAAUGAAAAAUGAUAACAAUGGUACGUACAAGAGCCCGACACUAAGAAGGUCUCUAACUAAUGAAAGUGGUAGACAUGAUAAAUAUGAAGGGAGUGAAGGCCAUCGUGAAAGUUGGGUUUCUUCUGGAAUCACGAAAAAUGUGGGUUCUAGUACAUGGGGGUCUGACUCAAGAAGUAGCACAGCUGACUCGGCAGCAAAUGAUGAUACUACUGGUUCGAGUGGGUCAGGGGUUAAGAGUCGUGAAGAAAGGCUUUUGGAAACCAUUGUCACCUCUGGUGGCGUUCGCUUGCAACCGACACGUGAUGCUCUUCAGGUGUUUCUCGGUGAGGCCUCAAAGUUGGAUGCACUGGCAAUGAGUCGUGCAUUGGAGAGUAAGCUUCAAUCUCCUCUAUGGCAGGUUCGAAUGAAGGCUAUCUGUGUCUUGGAGGCAAUCCUGAGGAAAAAGGAGGAUGAACCCUACUUAAUCAUAACAUCUUACUUCAGUGAAAACAGGGAUUCUGUGGUUAAGUGUUCUGAGUUACCCCAAGCUUCUUUGAGGGAAAAGGCUAUCAAGGUCUUUAGUCUCCUAGAUGGAGAUUCCAAUACUGAAGUAAGAAAUGCUGCAGCUCCUUCAUAUUCAAAUACAAAAAACAUGCCAGCCCCUGUUGUUGAGAUGCCUGACUUAAUUGACACAGGCGACCUAAAUAAUAACGAAUCUGAAGCUUCUAUCGCUGAACAUGAUCAUAGCACAUCCAUUCUUACUUCAUCUGCUUCUCAAGUUGAUGAUUUAUUCGGCGGUAACCUUGUUGCUGAGCUGAACACCACUGGGAACAGAGAAAAUAGCGAUCCAUUUGCUGAUGUGUCCUUCCAUGAGGCAGAAAACAAGGACCCAAGUGAUCUUUUUUCUGGGCUGACUGUAGAUGAUAAUUCGUCCAGUGAAAUGCACAGCAUGCCUUUGUCAAAUAAUUCUGAGUUACUUGAUCUUUUUGGUGGCAACUCUGAGAAGCUCUUUCAGGAAGCAGGGACAGAUAAGCAGCACUCAAAUGAUAUAAUGGCCGGUUUAACUUCCGCAGGAGCAGUUCAAGGGUCCAAUGGGGCAUUACAUGGCCUUCUUGGUUCAAACUCAUUGUACUCUCAGGUCCCUUUGCAGUAUAAUGUGCCUCCAAAUCUUAUGUACAACCAAGCUUUUGCGACCCAGGCGUUGAAUUAUGGUGCAAUGGGAGCUUUCAUCGCUUCUCAGCAGCAGUUGCUAUUGCAAAACCUCGGAAAUCUAAACCCUGGUUUUGGACAGGCAGCUGGGAAUCCUGUGAUGGAGGGCGGUCAUCACUCUUCUCCUCUCCCUGAUGUUUUCCAAAAUUUAAAUAAUCCAGUUCAGAGCCAUGGUUCGACGGCAAUGAGCAGCACGAAAAAGGAGACUAAAGCUUUUGAUUUCAUAUCGGAUCACCUCGCAGCAGCCCGUGGUUCGAAGAAAGUUCUGUAAAUCUUUAAUGUGGGUUGAUGAUAUAGUACAGAAGCCCUUCAGAAUGGAUUGCAAGUAGUGCGGUGCUUUUACUUGCAUGAACUUUAUAUAUUCUUUUGCAAUAACAGAUAAUCCAUGCCUCAAGCUCCACGAGUUUAUACUUGUUUUGCGGGUUUUGUGUUGUAUUGCCAUCGAUACAGUUGGGAAUCGUAAUUAUGGAGAAGGUUAUAUCUGUGGGUGGUCGUUGUAUCUUUUUUUCUCUUUUUUCUCGAGAAUUAAAUCCUGGUUCAUUCUCUACAGCGAAUAAUAAAAGUGUUCCUGGGGCUUUAACAUGGUUUGCUA